AUGGAGCAACAACCACUCAACCCGCAACCGCAACCGCAACCGCAACCGCAACAAGGAGACUUGAACUGGCGCCUGAGCGCGCAUCCAGUCACCCUCCUGGUCUUCCUGGGCAUCCGCAUCGGCGCUCUGCUGAUGUACCUCUUUGGAGUUCUGUUCAUUAGUAAUUUCAUCCUCGUCUUCAUCCUCACCCUUCUCCUCCUCUCCGCCGACUUUUACUACCUCAAGAACAUUGCCGGCCGCCGCCUCGUCGGACUUCGCUGGUGGAACGAGGUCAACGUCUCAACUGGUGACUCCCACUGGGUUUUCGAGUCCGCCGACCCCAACACACGCACGAUCACAGCGACGGAUAAGCGAUUCUUCUGGCUGAGCCUCUACGUGACUCCUGCGUUGUGGAUUGGGCUUGGUGUUCUUGCCAUCGUUCGGUUAAACAGUGUUAUUUGGUUGAGUCUUAUUGCCAUUGCUCUCGUCUUGACGAUCACGAACACGACUGCGUUCUCUCGAUGCGAUCGCUUCAGCCAAGCUUCCACCUUUGCGAAUAGGGCGUUCGGUGGUUCGAUUGUGGGCAACAUUGCUGGAGGUCUCAUGGGCAGACUAUUUCGAUAG